AUGUCGAGUGAUCAAGGCAACUCGAUCGCGUUCUUGCUAGGACUCAACCAAGUGCAUGACACUCCAAGCCAUCAAACCCAGCUUCAUCAGACGACACCGAGUCACAGUCAUGCGAUCUCGUCAUCAUCAGACACACUCCUAGCAAGUCUAAACUCUAUCUCUUCGCCGUCAGCACAACAAAUGACACAGAGUUCGGCCGGCUCCUCAGCUUCAGAUGAUGUCAUGAACAGUUUCGCGAAUCAGCUGGCUAUGUGGACAAAUGCCAACUUUUCUUUCGAUGGACCUAUGGGGCACGCGCUCAUUGCUGACGAUGAGAAAGACAGCCAUCCAGAGAAAGAUCAGGAUGAACGCGAUCGACAAGACGAUAGUGAGCGUCAGCGGCAAAUGGCAGCCUCCGGCGCUCACUCCAGUGCUGCCCGCGACAAACUUCGUGCACUUGAUCGUGAGCCGACGCAACCAGUAUCAGCGCGUCCGUCCUUGCAAGUCCCAAGUCCGUCACCUGACUUAACGUCACCCUCGUCCAUGAGAACAGGGGUAGAUGCACUCUCAUCAUCAUACCAGCAACUUCCUCUCACCCGUGACAACGCAAAUCCACUCUUGGCGCCACAUGUGUCUCAAUCAUGGACGAGUGCUGGUCAUAUGGAUGCUUUCUCAAGCGCACCUUCUGCUUCUUCCUCAUCCAUCACACCACCACCACCACCACCGCAGCAGCAGCAACAGCAGCAACAGCAACAACAACAACGUCGACAGCAGCAGCCAGUGCAUUCAGCUUCUUCAUCGUCGCCAAGCCAAGAGUGGGAUCUAACGUCCACACUUGCUCUUCAACAUCUUCUGAACAAAAAUCCUGAUAUGCUUGCGAGUUUAUGGCAAGCACGCACGUCCAACGCUUCACAUCCGGGAUUACCCUCUUGGCAACCCCCUAAUCAAACAUCGCAUUCAUCAUCCUCGUCUUCUGCUCCUUCAACAGGAGCCAUGGCUGCAUCUCAAGCCACAAACCGCAGUUCCGCUGCGGCGGCGGCUACAUCGGUGUCACCAACCUCGACAGCGUCGUCCUCAUGCGCAUCUCGCUCUGUAAUACAUUCACAUCCUCUCCCUCAGGAAUCCAAUAUAUCCCCACCAUUGUCAUCUACACCAGCCGCAACCCAAAAGCGGAGUGCAUCUAUAUCCCUGGAUCCUGCAGGGGACGAUGUUUCGCAUCUUGGUACGGCAUUGGAUGACAAUACACAGUCUCAUCGGGGCCGCCCCUCAUCCUCUACGCUGGCGGAUCGUGUCAAACUCGUUGAUACAGGCAAUCCCGAGGCAGAUGCAGAAACAAAUCGCCUUGCAAUCGAAGAGGAUAAACGAAGGAGAAAUACAGCGGCAAGUGCACGUUUCCGCAUCAAGAAAAAACAACGUGAGGCCGCACUAGAGCUGUCGGCAAGAGAGUUGGAAUCCCAGGUCAACGAGCUGAAACACGAAAAUGACCGUCUUCGUGCUGAGAACGACUGGCUUCGUCGGCUUAUUAUGGCUCGACCUGAGGUGCUUCCCCAUAUAUUUUCGUCGCAGCCACUGCCGACAGCCACCGCACCACCCAACCCUUCUUUAGAUGCCGCUCUACAGGCGUUGCUGCCCCAGAAUUUACCAGGUCGACACUAA